UUCUCUGAUGAAUCUUUAUAUGUUGGUUUUGUGUAUCAGGGAUUAUAAAGGUCUCUGUAAACGAUACAGUUUGUAAGGAAAACUACACUCAGCCUGAAUGCCACCCAAAUGUCACUUUCAACAAACAGCUGUUAAUCUUACACAACAGAAUGGAAAUAUCUGCUUCAACAUGUCACCAAAGAAUGGCAUGAAAGUAAAGAUUAAAUUUCAGUGUGCUGAGUACCCUGCUGCUAACAUCAGUCUACACAGCGAAAGUAAAAGUUGGAUUGAUGCCUUGGAGGACUGCCAGACGGAACAUUUCUCCCUGGUUGAGAUCUGUGAAAAGAAAGUAAGGGAUGAUGUGAAAAGACUGCAAAAUAAAACAGACUCAAAGACGGGGGUGUGGAUUGGACUGCAAAGGUCCAUUUUUGGCUACAGUCCUGAGUGGAAGUGGAUUUCAGGGUAUAAUGUUGUAAAUUCACAGUUGAAUAGAACGUCGUCCGCCAACUCUGACUUUGACAACCACUGUGGAAAAGUCAUCUUUGAUAAUAAGACAGAAGAAAUCAAGUGGUCCAACGCCAACUGCCAUGAAAAAUUACCAUACAUUUGUCAAAGAAUGAAUGAAAAGCCUUGUACUGAUGAUUAUACAGAGAAGUCAGAGCUUUUCAUUGACAUUGACUGAACUGAUAGCACCAAAGAAAACGAUACGCAGCGUCUCCAAUCAUCAUCAUGUCAAGGUGAGAUUCCUGGAGAAGCGGAUGGAUGACCCAACAACCCCAAUGUGUAUAUAUGCUGUUUGUAUGUAUGUAUGUAUGCUGUAGUGUUGUGUUUCACAGGAAAACUACUUUGGUUACUAUCAUUUGCAAGCUUUGUUAAAUUACCAGUUCACCCACCACUUCUCAGAAGUACCUGUAUUUGUCAAAGACGCUUCUAUGUAAAGAGUCGAUGUAUUAUUUUUGUCAUUAAAAACCUAAAUAUCUGGCUUAUUUAACCGAGCGGUUAUAAGAAAUGACAUUUUUAAACAUUGAAUUUGAACUUGCGAUUUUCUUUUUCUCUCAAACAAAACAACUAAAGAAUAUUCUGUGCUAAUAAUAAAAUGUAAAGUUAACAAAAUGCAAACUGUAUUUAUUUCAGCGAUAUCUUGAUUCAAGAGAUAGUGAGGUAUACCAAUCUGUCACAGACACCAUUCACACACCUAGGGUGAAAUCCACAGUUUUAAGCUUAAAUUUCAAAACUUACAUUUUAACUACUGAUUUUAUCUACUGUUCUGAUUUUAUCUACUGUUUUUUAAUCAAUUUUAAA